AUGGCUUCCUUUCACCAAUGUCUUGCCUCCAUGACGAGGCUUAGCCUCAGAGCCCCCGCGCGGCCAACCGCGGCCCCGACAAUACCGAUGUUCCUCAUGCCCGCAGCGGCGACUCCCGCCGUGCGCUACGCUACUGUCAACAUGAAAAAGAAGGUUGUGAAGAAGAAGAAGACAUACAAGACUUUCCGGAGCUACGAUCUCACGAGGAUGGAUCAGUACUCUCUCUGCGAAGCCAUGCGAUACAUCCGCGCCGCUGAGGUUGGCCAGCCGCCAAAUUCCGUCAAAUACGAACUCGCAGUCAAGCUCAAAACCAACAAGAGCGGCCCCGUGAUCAAGAACCAGAUCCGCCUCCCCUUCCCCGUUAAAAACGACAGCCGUAUCGGCGUGCUCUGCGCCGACGACAGCCCGCUGGUGGCCGAAGCAUUGGAGCUUGGUGCCGUGGUCGCCGGCGGGGAGACCCUUCUCGAAGACAUCCGAAACAACAAAAUCCCAUUCAACAAAUUUGUCUGCCACGCAGACAUGGCGGACGCGCUCAACAAGGCCAGGGUCGCCAGGAUCCUGGGUCCCAAGGGCCUGAUGCCAAACAUAAAAAACAAAACUAUCACGAAGGAUAUCAAGAGCACCAUGCAGGAUAUGGCUGGUGCCGAGGAGUACAGGGAGCGGAGGGGUGUGGUGCGGAUCGCGAUUGGGCAGCUUGGUUUUACGCCUCAUAUGCUGUCGGAGAAUAUCAAGACGCUCAUGUCGGCGUUGAAGGUGGAUAUCAGCAAUAUCGAGGACAGUUACCUGAAGGCGCUAGACGAGGUGGUGCUGAGCUCGACACAUGGGCCCGGGUUCAGCUUGAACAGCUUACUGCAACCGACUGAUGGGUCUGUGAAACCAGAAGACCUGGUUUCCCCAAUGUAA